GGAUACUGUACGCAUGCGCGGUUGCAAUUUGCCUUGAAAUACGCCAAUGUGGCUGUUGUGAUAUUAAACUUUUCGUAAUUUCAGUCCGUCUGUAGGUACUGAAGCAAACAGUUGCAAUGAACGCUUAUAUUCUGGCUCUGUUUGGGGUCUGCAGUUUUGUUUUAGCAAAUGAGGAGGAAAGGCUGCCGAAUAAAUGCGAAGUGUGUAAGUUUCUGACAGUCGAGCUGCAGGAAGCUCUGGAGAAAACUGGUCGCUCCAAAGAGGUUCUGGAGGUUGGAGAAGUGUUGGACACAGGCAAGAGAAGGAGGAAGAUAAAAUACAACACCUCGGAGACUCGACUGACUGAAGCAGUGGACAACAUAUGUGAGCGCAUCCUGCAGUAUAGUGUCCAUGCAGAGAGGCCAGGCAGCCUGCGGUACGCCAAGGGCGCUAGUCAGACCAUGACGACUCUGAAGAAUCUGGUCCACAAAGGAGUUAAAGUGGACCUGGGUAUGCCGUAUGAGCUGUGGGACGAACCCUCUGUAGAGGUGUCAGACAUGAAAAAACAGUGUGAGACGAUGCUGGAGGAGUAUGAGGAGGUGGUGGAGGACUGGUACUUCCAUCAUCAGGACCUGAGGCUGGAGAACUUCCUCUGUGAGAACCACGUCCUCAAGACUUCAGAGCAAGAAUGUCUAAAGGAGAUGUGGAAAGGAGACAUAGGGAAGAAAGGAGGGGCUGAGGAGGAAACAAGAGAAAAAGAGGAGGGAGUGAAAAAGGAGGAACAAAAAGCACACGACGCUGGAGAACUUUGAGAAAAAACGUUUGCGACAAAGUAAAUGCAGAAGACAACACUAAACCUCAGUUUUCAACUGUGGCAAUCAAGUUGAAAAUCAGUGGGCAGAAAUAGAGGCAUGUUUUUACCGUGUUCCUAGAGGUCAAUCCCAGUACAUAUGUUUACAUUUAAAGUUACAAUGACAUAUCAGUGAUUUGCAACUGUGAUGCCUUUUACAAAUUAUCAGUAUUAUUUUUGUAUGUCAGACUUUUGUAAAUUGUUCCAACACUCCGAUUAAAAUCUAAUGCCUUUACCCCUUAUACUAGAGCAGGGGUGUCAAACUCAUUCUAGUUCAGGGCCCACAUUCAGCCCAAUUUGAUCUCAAGUAGGUCAGAUCAGUAAAAUCAGAGCAUAAUAACCUAUAAAUAAUGACAAUUCCACAUUUUUCCUUUGUUUUAGUGCCAGAAAGUACAUUCUGAAAAUGCUCACAUUUAAUGAAUGAUCUUUUUACAAAACAUUAUGAACACCUUGAAAUUUCUUCAGAAAAAUAAGUUGAAUUUCAACAAUAUUAUACCUCAGUUUAUCAUUUACACAUUACAACUUCCAGAUCACAGAGUGUCUACAAAGGAACAGAAUAUUUAGUCCCUGGUAUCUGGAACUGAAUGAUAUAGUAUUUUACUUUGUAAUACAAUGACAAAAGUCAGGCAAAGAAAACAAAAAAAACAUUACAAAUAUCAGACGUAAAAUGAGAAAAACGAGACACAAAAUGAGCAAAAAAUGAGACAAAUGACACAAAAUAAAGCAAAAAAGAUACCACAAAUUUGACAAAAUAGGUACCAAGCGACAAAAAAAUGGCCAAACGACAAAAGCAAGACAAAAAAAUUACACAAGUGACACAAAUAAGCCCAAAAAUUACAAAAGCGAGAAGCAAAACAAAAAAAUAGACGACCAACACAAGUGAGACAAAAAAACCCAAGACGACAAACAUGAGACAAACAAAAGUCAGGUGAAAAGCAACAAAAACGACAAAAUAUUACAAAAAUAAGACACAAAAUGACAAAAGAACAAUGAGCAAUAUAGUAUUUUACUUUAUGAUCAAAACAACUUGUUAUGGUCUAGAAAUUAUUUUAAAUUUAUAGUUUCACAAAUUUACAAUUUGCAGUUAAUGUCUUCUCUGGAAUUUUUACACUUUAAAAGUCGUCCCGUGGGCCAGAUUGGACCCUAUGGAGGGCCGGUUUUGGCCACAUGUUUGACACCCCUGUACUGGACCCUUCUAGUGUUAUAUUUUAUGGGACCUCUGUUACAUCUCUUCUUAUACUAAUAAUAUAUGAUGCAUAUUACUGUUUUUUACCUGAACUGCAAUAUGUACAGCUUUUUCACUUUGAAUAAAAUCCUUUUUUUUGUUUUACAACAGUA